AUGGACAGAAAAAAAAGCAAUGUAUGGAAUCAUUAUUCGGUUAUUAAUAGUGGAAUGGCUAAAUGUUCGUAUUGUUCAAAUUCGGUGUCUUAUAAAGGCGGAUCAACUACAAACUUAAGUAAACACUUAAAACGAAAACACAUAAUUCAAUAUGAAAGUAGAAAACAUCCGCGCAUUAAUGAAAUGAUUGAACAAAAUGUUGAUGAACCAAGUAAGCAAAAUACACACGAAACAAAUAAUGAUCAAAAUCAACCUUCUACAUCAAUCAAUGCAAUUAAUGUCAUAAAUAAAUCUCGUUCCAUACAAAAAAGUGUAGAUUCGUAUUUUAUUAACAAUAAACCACUUUCUGUUUCAAAACAAAAAACAAUUGAUGAACAGCUAGGAGUAUCAGUUACAUCGAGGAAAACUGUUUCGAAAUCUAUUUUACCACAGUUGUAUGAGAAAACAAGAGAAAAAGUUAGAAAUAAUUUAUUAAAUGCCAAAUAUAUUUCAUUUACAACUGAUGGCUGGACUUCCAUAAAUAAUGAUAGUUUUAUUGCUGUCACUGUACAUUUUAUCGAUCCAGAAGAAUGUGUUUUAAAAACAUUUUUACUUGGAUGUUUUAAUGUGGUGGAAUCCCAUACAGCUGUAAAUUUGUCAUUAUUUUUAAAUAAUUGUUUUAAAGACUGGAAUAUAACAGAAAAAGUAAAAGUUGCUGUGAGUGACAAUGCUGCGAAUAUAACAUCAGCAAUCGUCAUGAAUCAAAAUUGGCGCCAUAUUCCCUGUUUAGCGCACACAUUAAAUCUAAUUGCACAAUCUGGACUAGGUGAAAUAAAAAGAGUUCACAAAAAAGUAAAAAACAUCGUUGAAUAUUUUAAACGAAGUACAAAAGCAAAACUUAAAAAUGCACAAAAACAAAUGGGAUACCCGGAAUUAAAGUUAAUUCAAGACGUUUGUACGCGAUGGAACUCCACGUAUGACAUGUUUCAACGGUGUAUCGAUAAUAAAGAACCUCUUAUGAGUACAAUUGCAAUAAUAGGUAAUAUGGAUAAUUUAGUACACGCAGACUUUGAACUAAUAAAACACUACUGUGCGAUAUUUAAACCGUUUAAAGAAGUUACUAUCGAACUAAGUAGCGAAAAAGGCAUUUCGAUUUCAAAAGUGUUAAUUUUAAUAAAAGCAUUACAUUUACAUAUAAAAAAAUAAAGAAAAAGAACCAAAUUUACCAAAUGCUAUACAUUUGAUGCUUUCUAAAAUGGUAAUAAAAGCCAAUGCUAAAUUUGAAAAUAUCGAAAACCAGCCUGUUUUAACAGAAGCAACUAUUUUAGACCCACGGUUUAAAAAAAAAGCAUUUAAUAAUCAGUAUACAUAUCAAAAAACAUACGAAAAGAUAGUAUAAAAAGUUGCAACAAUUAUUCGUUUAAAUCAAAGUCCAGUAGAAAAUGAAGAAAAUAAGAAAACCAUACCGACCGAUUGUGGAAACGAAACUUCUGAAAUUUGGCAACAGUUUGACUCUCAGGUGUCUACUUCAACUUCAGUCAACACACCAACAUCUGAGGCUAUUGUGGAGAUGGAUAGAUAUUUGAAUGAACCUAUACUGGACCGAAAAUUAGAUCCUCUUAAAUGGUGGAAUGACAGAAAAAAAAUCUAUCCAAAUUGAUUUGAUUUGAUGUUAUUGCGUUUGUGUGUACCAUCAACAUCAGUUCCGAGUGAAAGGGCCUUUUCAAAAGCUGGCUACACCAUUUCCGAAAGACGUAAUAGAUUAUCAACAAAAAAACACGGAAAUGUUGAUAUUUUUAAACAGUAAUUAUUAAAUACUAUUAUUUAAUUUUUAAUUUUUAUCCAUUUUAGGCUUAGGCAAGUAACUAAGUUAAUUUUAGAAGUUUGAGUUUAUUUAUUUUAUUGUUAUUAUUU